AUUCUGUGUAUCUGUCACAUCACGAGGAUAUUCUUUCUAACACUUUUCCCCGUGUAUUCAAUUUGCAUUAUUUAUCCAAAAACUUGAUAGAAAUCGAGAUCACCUGAAAAACCAAUUUUAUUGAACGAUACACAAUUAAAACAUGAACGUUUGAGACGAUGGAAGAAAAGUUUAUUCACUCGAUUAAAGUUCCGAAUCAGUACAAGAAGGCAGCCAAAUUGUUGAAGCAAACAUUCGAAUCCGGUCAAUCUGUAAAAGGGCAGAUAUUUGAACAGAAACACGUGAUAACGAAUCGAUUGUAUGCAUUAAUUGCAAAGAUAUCGAAAAACAAGCCGAAGCUUGAUUUGCUUAUUGAAAAAAGUUCGAUUUUACGAAAUGAACCGCGCUUGGAUCAGUACAUGUGUUUGGUUCUAAUGACCGAACUUUUGUUUGGAGCCCAAAAGUUGAAUGGCCAAUCGAAACCGGUCCAAUGCGUACUGGGAUACGAAUCUAAAUUCCAAGAUAUUUUGAAAGACAUCAACAGUGAUCCUGCCAAUAGCACCCUACAGUCCAUAGACGUUGUUAAGCCUCGAUAUGUUCGCGUCAAUACAAAUAUCUUGUCACGUGCCGAAGCCCUUGAACUGUUUGUUAAAGAUGGAUGGAAUGAAAUCGCUGGCGAGUUCACCGACUACGACAAAUUUCUGGAUGUGGUACGAAAUUUGGGCGACUCUGAUUUUGUGUCCGACAUGCACGUGAAGAACCUGUUUGUCUUUCCGGCUAAUAGCAAAAAAUAUUGGGCCAAAUAUGCGUCCGGUGAUGAGAAGACAUUCAUUUUACAAGACAAGGCUAGCUGUCUUCCAGUUACACUAUUAGAUCCACCGAAAGGUAGCACUGUCCUAGAUAUGUGUGCUGCGCCUGGAAUGAAAACUACUCAUUUGGCUGCCCACAUACGUAACAAAGGUAAAAUCUAUGCAGUCGAGCGGGAUGAGCGACGGUACAAAACGUUAUCAGAAUUCGUUGAUGGCACUAAAAGCUCCUCAGUCAGUGCAAUACACCUCGAUGCACUGCUACUAGAAGAUGAUUUCGUUCCGAAUGUCGAAUACAUUCUAGUCGAUCCAUCGUGUUCGGGAUCCGGUAUGACAAAUCGCCUCUUCGUCAGCGCUGAAAAAGAUCCCGAUCGUUUGGGUAAUUUAACCGGUCUACAGAGCCGAAUGCUGUCGCAUGCAAUGAGAGCUUUCACCAAAGCUAAGAAAAUCGUUUAUUCAACAUGUUCUAUCCAUCCCGAAGAGAACGAAAAGGUGGUUCAGGAAUGUCUGGAAAUGUGUCCGGAUUGGAAGCUCAUCAAACCGAUUGAAUUUGCUGAACAGUGGAAGCAUUUUGGUAGUCCGAAAUUCAAACACAUCGGUAAAAAGUGCGUCUACGCUAAAUCGGAAAUUGAUCUGACCGAUGGAUUUUUUGUUGCAAUUUUCGAGCGAGAAAUCGAUCCGUCGAUUUCCAUACAGCCAUAUAGUAGAGACAAUGCCUUUCUGGAGCGAAUCAGUUUUAAUAUAAAACGGAAGUAUCCGACUGAAACCACGACGAAUCUUGAAAAGAACGAGACGAUUAGUCAGGAAACUGUUGAUCUUACAUUUGAUGAGGGUCCUAAUGGAACUGUUACCGAAAACGGGAAGAAGAAAAAGAAAAAAAGUAAGGAUGAUGAGGUCGUUGAUGAAGUAAACAAAAUUAAGCAGGAGCUGACCGAUGUGGAUGCAACAAUAAACCGAAAAACAGAGAACGGCACUGAAUUGGAAGAGGAAAUGGUGACACAUAAAACGGAAAGAGAAGAAAAUUCUGAUGCUGGGAAACGCAAGAAGAAAAAACAAAAAGUUGAUCAAGAGGCCGAACUACUCGCACGCGUUAGAGUUAAAACGGAAACUGAAGAAACAUCUGAUGCUAAGAAACGCAAGAAGGAGAAAGGAACCGUCGACAAAGAGGCCGAAUUACCCACGCCAGCCAUUGUUAAAACAGAAACUGAAGAAGAAUCUGAUGCUAAGAAAUGCAAGAAGAAAAAACGAUCCGUCGACGAAGCUGCUGAGCUACUCACGCCAGUCACAGUUAAAACGGAAACCGAAGAAAAAUCUGAUGCUGGGAAACGCAAAGUCGACGAGGAUUCCGAAUUGUUUACGCACGUUACAGUAAAAACGGAAACAGAAGAAAUUUCUAAUGUUAAGAAAAGCAAGAAGAAAAAACGAACCGUCGACGAAGCGGUCGAAGUACUCACGCCCGUCACAGUUAAAACGGAAACAGAAGAAAAUUCUGUUGCUGGGAAACGCAAGAAGAAAAAGCGGAAAAUCGACGAUGAGGCCGAAUUUCUUGCAGCCGUUACAGUUAAAACGGAAACUGAAGAAAAAUCUGCUGCUGGGAAACCUGACGAAGAGGCCGAGAUGUUUACGCCUGCUACAAUCAAAACGGAAGCUGAAGAACAUUCUGAUGCUGGGAAACGCAAGAAGAAAAAGCGAAAAGUCGACGAUGAGGCCGAAUUGAUCACGUCCGUUGCAGUUAAAACGGAAACUGAAGAAAAACCUGAUGUUGAGAAGCGCAAGAAGAAAAAACGAACAGUCGACGAUGAGACCCCCACUCCUUUCAUUGAUGAAUCAAUCAACUUCUCAGAAAAAGUGAAAACGAAAAAGAAGCGGGACAUCUCUCACACAGAAAUUGCUUUGAAUGUAAAGGUAGAAGAAGCUAAUGAUGUGAUUCCCGAUGUUAUAACUACUGUUGCAACAGGCUCCGAUUCAAUCAAAACGACAAAGAAGAAGUCAAAAAAUAAAUAAAAUUCUCGUCAAUUUUUUUA